GCCCUGGCUGAUGCCCAGGCGCAUAACUCUGUCCCGACGCCACGGAGAGAGAGCGUGAGCAACCUCCGAAAAGAAGCGACGACAUGAAGGCAGCUCUGCUCGUCCUUCUCAUCCACGCUUCUUCUGUUUCUUCUCAGUUCUCUGGGAUCCGGGGGGAUGCUCUGGUGGAGAAACAGUGCCUUCAACAGCCCCUGGACUGUGAUGACAUCUAUUCCCAGGGAUUGCAGGCAGAUGGGGUCUAUCUCAUCUAUCCUCUGGGCCCUAGUGUCCCAGUCCCCGUCUUCUGCGACAUGACCACUGAUGAAGGGAAGUGGACGGUUUUCCAGAAGAGAUUCAAUGGCUCCGUCAGCUUCUUCAGGGGCUGGAACGACUACAAACUUGGCUUUGGGCGAGCUGAUGGGGAAUAUUGGCUAGGUCUGCAGAAUCUUCACCUCCUGACCCUGAAGCAGGAUUAUGAGCUACGUGUGGAUCUGGAGGACUUUGAGAACAACACGGCUUUUGCCAAGUACAAAGACUUCUCCAUCUCACCUCAGGCCAUCAGCGCAGAAGAGGAUGGAUACACCCUCCACGUGGCUGGCUUUGAAGAUGGGGGAGCAGGCGACUCCCUCAGCUAUCACAGCGGCCAGAAGUUCUCCACCUUCGAUCGGGACCAAGACCUCUUCGUGCAGAACUGCGCGGCCCUCUCCUCCGGGGCCUUCUGGUUCCGGAGUUGCCACUUCGCCAACCUCAACGGCUUCUACCUGGGUGGUUCUCACCUCUCCUACGCCAACGGCAUCAACUGGGCCCAGUGGAAGGGCUUCUACUAUUCCCUCAAACGUACCGAGAUGAAGAUCCGCCGGGCUUGAGGAAGCUCCUGCUCUGUGGCCGCAGCUGCGUUUUAUCCCUAUACUUGCCUAUCGCUGGGCCCCGUGCCGCAGCCACCCAGCACUCGGCCAUGUUAAGAUGUUGCUAUUUCUUGUUGACCCCCGCCCCGCUUAACUCUGGCCCUCCUCCCUGAGCUAACCGCGCUUUGCCCCUGCUCAGCCGAUGCCAUCGCCACACCCGAUCUGGUUAACGUUCACCAUCUUGCCCAGCUGCCCUCAGUGUCCGGGACCAAAGUCCCCCAUUUAGCUGCUGGACCCGAGUUUUGACUACCCCUCUUCUACUGAGCUUUACCUGCUCUUUCGCCCAAGUCAUCUUGAUUUGCCUCUUGCAACUGGGACUGUGUCCGAUCUGAUUAGCUUCUAUCUACCCCAGUGCUUAGAUCAGUGCUUGGCACCUAGUAAGCGUGAAACAAGUACCAUAAUUAUUAUUAUUAUUAUAACAACGCAGCUCCCUCCAGAGCCAAGGGCUGUUGAAAUCUGCCACGGCCAGCUUGGUUUCGGCUUCUCACUCCAGUCUUGGCGACUCCCAGUUCUAAAACUUGUGACACUCUAACAAGAUGGCUUACCCUUCUCCUUUAAAGUCGGGGGUGGAGCUCUUGCAGAAACCCUGUUAAACAAGACUCUCGUUGGAGUACUCGGUCUGUGUCCGACAUGGCGUGCGGGCCCACAACCAUCCCUAACAACCCCGCGUUGUGCUGUAACGAUGGCUGUGUGUUGUCAGAGCGUUCCCUAAUUCCGCCAAGGCGUCCUAUCCCAAAGGUGCAGUGAAAACAUGCGUUCUGGCAAAAUAGAGUGUACUCCGCUGUUAUCACUGAGCCCCUGACCCACCCCGUCCAACAGCUAACUUUAGCUGCAGUCUCUAAGAACCAAUGCAUAGCUAGCUGUUUAACUGUAUUAGCCGCUGAAAGGGUCCCCACCCCGCCACUUUCCAAGCCCGGCCACAUAUCGGGUUCAAACUUCACCGAUAUCUACUCCAGUUCAACGCUCUGUGCCGCGACGCACAGCUCUUGCCAUGUCCACGAACCUAACGUCUGCUCGUCGGGGUGAUAUUCAGUGGACCCACUCCUUGCAACUUUGCUGUUUCGCUGUUAGUGAGCUUCUCUCACCCUUACCCCGGCCCCAGCCCUGACCCCAGAGCCCAGCUGCACUAGGCCAUUAGACUCAGCUGUGUCCAUUCUCUCUCUCUCUCUCCCCCACCGAGUGCCAGUUGCUUUUUGUAAUUCAGCUGGGUACCACGUUGGAAUCAGGGCUACCCAAAGGCCACUGUUCCAGCUAGCUAUUCCCACCCUGGCUCCCGUUUCCCAGGCUCGCUGGACAGCACGGGAGGGAGAGGUUGGAGACGUUGUGCAGAGGGAACAGGAGAUGAGGUGCGUUUGAGGGCUGUAAAAUAGGAUGGGAAGGGGCACAGACGGGGAGGGGAGGAUCGGUGAUGCCACAACUCAAUAAACCUUUAGGAUUGGAUCAAA